AUGCACCUCACCGAAGACGAGCUCUACCGGUCGUCGACGCAGUUCCGGCACUGGUCCUUCACGCCCGCAACCCUCGCCGCGAUCCGGCAUGCGACCAACGCCGCGGCGGCCGAGCGCGUGCGCCCGCACCUGCCCCAAGACGCCGCCCUCCUCACCCCCGAAGACGAGCUGCGCCUCGUCACCAUCUUCUGCAGCCGCUGCGUCGCGCUUGGCCAGUUUCUUAAUGAGCAGCCGGGCCAUGGCUUUCCGUUCAAGGUCGUCGCCACGGCCGUCCAGUACGUCAGGCGCUUCUACCUCUUCAACUCGCUCAUGAUCUACGACCCCAAGAAAAUCAUGCCGUCGUGCCUCUUUCUCGCCACAAAGACCGAGGGCUGGCACACAAAGGCCUCGGACUUUGCCCAGAAGCUGCCCCGCACCACCGCCGACGACAUCCUCGCCCCCGAAUACCUCAUCUCGCAGGCCCUGCGCUUCACCUUCGACGUGCGCCACCCCCACCGCGGCCUCGACGGCGGCCACAUGGAGCUCAUGGCCAUGGCCAAGGGCGCCGCACCCCUGCUGCCCGGCGCGAGCGCGACACCACAACAGGUGCAGGACGCGAUGCUGCAGCUGCCGGGCCCGGACGGCUCCGCGCCGCCGGCCGAGCCGAGCGUGACGGCGCUGCUGAACCGCGAGGGCCGCUCCUGGGACGCCGCGCGCCGCACGCUCAAGUCCGUCGCCCUCACCACCGACGCCUACUUCUUCUACACGCCGGCGCAAAUCUGGCUCGCGGCGCUGGUCAUGGCUGACGAGCCGCUCGCCCGCUUCUACCUCGACGUCAAGCUCCCGAACGACCUCCUCCAAGCCGCCGAACACAAGGACAAGCUUCUGGCGACGGUACACGCAUGCGCGACCAUGUUGCACGAGGGCGCCGCCCAGGAGCCCGACGACGAGGUCAGGCGCCUGGCCAAGAAGCGCGAUGCCUGCGCCGACCCCGAGAAGGCGGAUCUGGUGAGCUUACAUGCGGCAUCGAAACGCGGGGGUGCGGUUGACGGCGUUGUGGAUGAUGGGGUUGCCAAGCGGCGGAAGUUGGAGCGGCAGCAGAGCCAGAGGGAGGCGGAUGCGUUUUGGGGGCCCGAGAUCGGGAAGCCCGAGUCGGCGGCAUAG